CACGGGAAAUCGAAUAUUGCCACUCUUAAACCAGUUUUUUCCAUAAUUCAUUAAUUUAUUUUACUUUGUCCUUUAUUUAUUCAUUUUUUACCAAAAGGGUAUUUUUUCAUAUACUUUUAUAAACUCUUAAGUCUUCUGGCACUGAAGGAGGGAGAAAAUCGACCAUUAUUAGGUUAUUCAUGACACAUAGUUAUCCAACGACGUUUCUGUGAGCUGUUAAAGUUGGCUAACGAAAUGUAAUACAUAAAAUUCCUACAUAUUAAAAAAGUUAUUUUUUUAGUUGCAGCUCUGAUCAUAGGUAUAUUGGAAGUGCCAAGGAUGACAAAUACUUUUUUACUCUUUUGUUAUGUUUUCGCCUUUAAUGUUAAGCACAAUAUGGUAAUUAUUUGGUGUGACUAUGAAUAUAGUUGACGUUAAAGACAGGUGGCGUUUAGACAAGAAACAAUCAUUACAGCAGAAGUUAAUAAAUACGGCGCCACCAGCAUUAAAACUGUGCAAGCAAGUUUUUAAUCACAAAAAUUUUAUGAAUGGUCUGGUGAAUAAGAACGGUUUUCAGAGUGGUAAUGGUGAAAACAAUUCUUAGAGAGAUCAAUCUGGUCUACAUUCCCUCGGGGAUACACUAAAGUCACUAAGAAGAAGUCUGUCUAAUAUUGAAAUAUUCUUUGUUACCCACAAAUGAAACUGUUAGUUUAUAUUUUCCUCAGUCUCAUUGUCUCCGUCAUACUUCCUGGGCGCUAUCCUUGCUCGAACACACUUACUCGUGUCAUUAGUGUUUCGUCCAUUUAGAUCGAAUUUCUUUUUAGUUUUGAUUGUGAAACUUAAGUUCUUCGGUAGAUUUGUUCUUAUUUAAGAGAGCGAGCUUCAGAGCCGGAUUAGACUGAGGUAAAUUUACCGUGAAAUAAGUUGGGUAUCUCCUCAGUUUGUUUCCUUUUAAAUGCCAACUUUUUCCUUUUUGGCAGAAAAAGAGACAGAAAAAAUGAUGUUAGACAAAAAAGACAACUUUUGAUCUUAAUUAUAAAUCAUAAACGCAGGACUUUUGUAAUCAAAUUGGUUUUAUUUUUACUCCUCCAAGAGAGAGUCAAACAGAUGUUCUCGUAAAAUUUAUCUACUUUCUAUAUCUAUCCCUUCACGAUCGCAUUUCAGAGAGCGUCAAUCAUGGCCCCAGAACCUGAAAACUACAACUCAACAGCCGAGCCUGAGCCGGAGAGUACAGCCGAGCCAAAAACUCUUUUCCCGGAAAUAAUGACCAAUCAGGAAGCGUUCCUUAUGUACGGGAUUUUUAUCUUCUGCCUGGCUGUCUUCUGUAUUUUGCUGCUGGUUCUCUACAUCAAAUUGAAAAAUAAGUUAGUUUUAUUUUCAUUCUCGUACUUAUUAUUUAAAUUUGUUCUUGUUUCUUAAACAAUAAGGGACAUGAGAAAUCACGAUAGCGAGAUCUACCAUUGGGUAAAUUUAAAAAAAACUGAAGAGAUAGCCGUCGCGAAUCGCUGGGAUCAUUUUCUAACAGCGUUACACCUCUGUAAAACAUUUAAGGGCUAAACAUGAAAAAAAUCUGCAGUGGUAGUCUGAGAUUAGACACAUUUGGGUUUAUGAUUUAGAAUGAGAAAGACUGGCAAUUGUUCAGUUCUUAACCACUUCCAGGUAACGGUUUGAAUCCACUUGAUCGUGGAGUCUAAUCGUCCGGGUGAGAGUAGUCCUGGGUAGGCCUUUUCAGUGUCGGUAGUUGUGACAGACAGACAACCUGAGCGGAAAAGGAAAGAAAAAGAGUCAUCAGAGCCAAGGGACUCUGAUGACUCUUUUCUCUAAAAAAAAAAGCGUUAUUUUAGUGAAGGUAGUGGGACGCUUUUUAUGUUGAACAGAGCGGAGAAAUAAUGUGAAACAUAUUUUCGUUUCGAUUAACUUUUAGGGUGAAAAAACUGGUUAAUGCAGCUGGAUCGAUGGACAUGAAAGGUUAUAAUGGUUAGCCAGAGGUUAGUAGGUGAAGAUUUUCGAUACUUUUGACUGAGUAUUUCCCUUUCUGUGAAUCAUCUCUGAUUUUCGAUUGUAUCAACACAAUGCUAUUCUUUCGGUAGACGUAUUUCAUUUAUCGUAAUUUACAAUAACUUCAAUCAGUGAAAUUGUCGUUUCAAUGAUAACACUUGACCGAUCAUGUAUUUAAUCGUUCAUUUGUAUAUUUUUUAAAAUUUUGUCAGCAUUUGCCGAUUUGCUUUCUUGUCCUUUGUAUUUCUUUCCUUCUUUUAUGGAGGGGAGGAGGCUUUGGGUCCGCCAAUGCAUUCCUUUUUGUGGCUUAAAUUUUUAUAUGAUUUAAUAAUAACACUGUUAGCAUUGGAUUCAUUAGUUUUAAAUCUUACCUUUCAGGAUGUCCGAGAAGGCUCUGUAUAAAGAUAGCCUCUUGCUGCAUAGCAUGUGAUCACCAAUGACUUACAUUAUAUUCAUGGAUAAUGAUCACCCUUAGGACAAUGUAAAUUCUGUAAAUUUUGCUGCCUUUAAAAGUCCCCAUAGCAGGAGCAAGUCAUCAUAUCGGGAUAAUCACACUUUCAGAUAAUCGUGAUUAUUGUAAACAGAUAAACAUCGUAAACUUCUAAGCUUUUUCAAUCAUUUUUGCGAUUGCUAAUCACUUUACACAUUUUAAGCCAUUUUAUUGUAUCUUGUAUCGUUCUUUGAAGGCUCUGCACUUGGCUUGUUCAAUUAAAAAUCAUCUUUUACCCACCAGUUGUUUACUUUAAGAUACGACCCCUUCUACACAAAGCAAUUUUCAGCUGAAUGUCAAACGUAGAAAAUCGCGCUUCUUUUUCAACCAAUCGAUUCAAAACUGAAACUAAUCGUAACUCACGGUUCAUUCGCAUUCUUCUGCAGUUCAGGCGAUUUGUUUAUUUUUACUCGAGUUUUCCUCGGCUACUUGUGGUAUUUUCAUUUCUUCCGAUUGGCUGUUGUGAUUCCUACGCAACUCGAUCGAAGUGCUCUACAAUGGAUAAACAAAAAAAUAAUCAUGACCAAAUCCGCUCGACGAGGGAGCAUGGUCCUACAGGAACCCUCAAAUAACUUAUUUAAAAGUGAUAAUUUGAUUGCAACAUUUCCUCAAUGGAUCAGAGGAAUCUAAAGAUUAUCAAUAAUCUUUAAGUCUUCCACAAGGUAGAGCGGGAAACAUUUGUAUUCUUCCGCUGUGGUUACGGUACACAUCUUCAGUUUCCAAGAAUAAACACUGAUCCGAAACUAAAUGUUUGGCAACGUGACAAUUAUUUUUCACAUUCGCUUGUGAGUGAAAUUUUGAAACAGAUGAUGAAAAAAAAAGAUUGGAAGGAGGCCAGGAGAACUUAAGCGUUUUUGUGGGUAAUUUUAUUUACAAGUGGAUAAUCGUGUUCCCUGUGACUAUUUCACAUGAUUUACAAUUUUAUAGCUCCUUUCUGUACGACCAAGAUAUACUAGCGUCAUGAUACCGUUUUUACAGUCUCCUUCACUCAUAUAAGGGGUGAUCACCACCUCCUAAUACACUCAGGUGUAAAUUUGUGUUUCUAGGUAGCCUAAGACAUCAUGAUUAUGUCAUUAAAUUUUAAAAUUAGAGAUUCACGGAAUACGCGAAUAUAGACGUUCCUGUUUGACAGUAAGGUAGCAUGAAUUAAAAGUGAAAAUGCAAUAUGGACGAACACCAAUUCGGCAACGUCACCAGCGUGUCAUAACAAGACAGCCAGGUUUUCAGUCAAUCGAGUCACAACUGAAGGUUAUUUUCAAAGGAGCCACAAAUUCUGAAGCGCUUUCACCAAAAGGUAAGAAUCCCGCUGAAAGCCAUCCGUCACUGAGAUCUCUUGUAUCUAAGAGCUGACAUGAAAGAGACUUAACGCCAUUUUCUGAAAAUGGACCGGGAAACUAUCAACAUAGGUAAUAAUCUGAUACCAAUCAAAAUUAAUCAUACUCAGAAGAGCUCAUCCAAGAAACACUCGAUGACAAAUCGAAUAUUUUAAACUGAGAAUCUCUAGAAUCCUAUCUCUCUUUUUCAAUGAUUUUAUGUGAAUAACAUUAGGUGGACGUAACAGCCUAAUAAAUUUGUUAUUUCAAACUUACAAACUUAACCACCACUACGAACCAGUUCAGCGCGCAUUUAAAGGCCAUAACUUUUAAAAUAAGUUAGGCCGCUAAAAUUUUGAUUGAUGAAACGACGAAAGGUAGUGAGGAUUGUAUUCCAUGGAGACUGACUAAUUAGAUACUUCAUGUUCUUUUUUAAACAUUCGGGUUGACUACAGAUGUAAACAUAUUACGUAGCGUUUGCAUUCGGAGUUGCAUAUGUUAAAUUACUGAGCCACCUCUUAUGAAUUAUAAAAAAGGACAAAUUACUGCAAUCUGUCUCAGCUCUGUUUACUAAAAAAGUGAUUCCGCCACCGUUAGCAUAAAAUCGAAUUCGUGAUCUCUUCAUGUUGACCCACACCACGGUGUUCGGACAUUGUUCCCGCAAUCCUCUUGAUAGUGCCGGCAAAGAAUUAUGUGAGCCGAGCGCUAAAACAACCAUCACUAAGAAUUUCGACAGAUGAAACAAAACUUUAAUUGAAAAACAACAUAUCUAUCAAAUUACUCCAUUAAGAAAAACAAUUCGCAAAGAAAUGAAUUAUAAAAGCCAGGAAUUUUUAGCAUACAGCCAUUUUUGGAAAAUGCUUGUGGCUAAAUAAUUUUCAUUGUUGAGCGACCGUAGAUAAUUGUGCGUCAUUUUAAGCUUUUCUAUAUCGCUGAGUCACUGAGUAAUUGCGUUCCUGAUGAUGACGAGACAGUUUUUGAUCUAAGUUGCAAUCACGCUCCAGGAAGCACGAAAAGUUUAUUGUUGUAGCCAAUUGGGGAAUUGAAGAAACAUAAAGUUGAUAAAUUCGCUUCCCUACAAUCGUUUUAGGUUCUAGUGUAACCCUGUUUUUAGCAGCGACAAUUCUUGCAAAGAGACCCAUUCAACCAAAAUAAGUCAGAGACUGCAUUAAAUCAACGGUUUAUUGACUUUGUUCAGAAAAACAUCCUUUCUCGUAGUGGGUUUGUCAACAAUCUUUUGUGGCUACGCAACAAAAGCAAAACAACAUUUCCCAAAGUGUGAUGAACAGCUUGAAAAGCAACCGCCUGUUAAGUAGAGCGUGAAUUGACGCGUUUGCGAAACAAUAAAACUGACAUCAUCGUCGAGUGUUUAAUUUGUAAUGGUCUUUCAAUAGAAAGUUGUGAAAAUCUGCUGGGGAAGCUAAUACAAGUUUCACUCUCUAAUUUUUCCGGUGAUAGAGAAGGUUAUUUUCGACUGAGUAAGUAUUUCAUAAGAGCCUUAUGUCACCUAUACAUGAAAGAUACAAUUGGUUUUCGUGGAAGGCGAUGAGUGACAGAUCACGUGGUCGGUCCAAUAUGCUAGUUGUGAUUAGUGGGCUGAAACGAAACACUGUUGCUAUACCCAAAGUCUUUUCAUAACAAGUUUCAUUUGAAGAUAACUCCCGCGUUGUUCAGCACAAAAUUGGUAUUAACAAUCUCAGGUAAGGAAAAAAGUUUCAAAGUUGUACGGCAAUACUUGAGAAAAGAUAAUGAAUUCUUGCUAGAGAUAGCAGAGCAUCGCCGUAGACUCAUCAUACAACUCGAACAGAAAAAAAAAGAAGUAAACAUCUGGUGGAAACGCCGGUCAUAACAACUUUUUAUAGUCCACCACAACGCUCGAACGGAUCAUUGCAGUCGUAAAGAAAAGUAGGGAAAUAAUAAUCGCAGAGCUAUCCCAUGUCUUUAUUAAUGUUUUCGUCUCGAUUUCUGAGCGAUUAGGCCUGCCUGGAAAAAUAAUUACAUUCACGAGUGAGAAGAUAGUUUCAAUGAUGCAGGGAACUUAAUAAGCUAGUGAUGUGCUCUAUUUGCACGAAUCGCUCUUCUUUGAUCAAUAUCGCUUGAUGCCGAGAACAGGAACCUUCACAAUCGGUUUGUUUGAUCCGAACUACGAAAAGGAAAAAAAAAAGGAAUAUUUCCUUAUCUAAAACAUUCCUAACCUAGUUUAUUAUGGAUAUCUUUAUUGAAAGUAUGAAAACAUAAUAAUCUCUAUAUUGUUACCCAGUCAAUUGCUUUCCACUUGCGACACUGUUAAUCCUCAGCAUUACCGGUUUUAUGAAGUUUUUCUCAAGUUUCUCAUCGGAGAUACCUCAGUGAAUCGCUCUUAAUAUCGAUAAACUUUCGUACUGCACUUGUAGACGAGAGAUAUCUUUGCAUUUUCAAAUUUAAGGUUGAAACUGACCUAUACCGAAUGCAGCUUUAAAUUUUUUUCUUCUCGUUUAAAAAGUAUUAAUGAGAGUAGCUAAUAGUUCUCGAAAUGAGCGGAUUAGCAACUGAACAGCUUUCUACUUUCAGCGGAAAUAUCAGACAUUUCAGUGACCCUCUCUUUGUAAUGUUUUGCGUCAGAGGCAAUUCUUUGAAAAUAAAAUUUCUCAGUUCGGUGAUUAGACCCUUGGAAACGUUCAAAAUAUCGUCAGGUCUUCAUCACUUGAAUAUCUAUAUUUCAUUGGGAGAGUCCUAGACAUGAGCAUCGACAGUCGUGCUUCAAGGUCUUUGCGGUGGCAAUACAAAGAAAGCGCCCUCUAAGCUACUCAGUGUUGAAGAAACCCUGGGAUUUAGCUAGAUUUUUUGUAGCUGGCGAUAGGCUUGUUUAGCCGACGAAAUAAUCCUGAUUCAGUUCUUAUCUUAAAGCUACUAAAUUUCUCCUGAUACAGUUUUGCUUGGGGAGUGACGUCUUUUGAAAUUAGGCUUCUUCAGUGUGACAGGUACACAAAUUGACAUGAAUCGAUUCCCUGCUCACCAAAAAGGCGGAGAUCCUGAUAAAGAUAUGUAAACGCACAACCUGGUCGCGAGCGUUCUUUUUCUAUUUUCCAUAUGUGGCGAAUAUUAAAAAUCGAUACAAAACUGGCCAGAAAUCAUAAACGUUUCCAAUGAUUCAUUGUUCAAAUAAAUCAAAUUAUUAUCUUUUUCAGCCAUGGGACACCACGCUGAACCAGAAUCGACCGGAGAGCCUGAGUCCGAGCCUAAGACUAUUAUGCCAGAGAUAAUGACCAAUCAGGAAGCGUUCCUGAUGUACGGAAUCUUUAUCUUCGCUCUGGCUGUCUUCUGUGUCGUGUUGCUGGUUCUGUUCAUCAUGAUGAAGAAACAGUAAGUGUAGAUCGUAAAUAAGACUUCCUAUUCAAGCUCAAAUACCAAUUCUCCCUUAACCCUUUCAUCCCUAUGAGUGACCAGCAUCUAGUUUCUCCCUACAGUAUUACCCCUAAAUCACCCAUGAAGGCCACAAGAAUAAAGAAAAUGAUCACCAACUAAAGAAACUCUUUAUUGUUGAAUAAAUCUGUAGAGAAUAUGGAGAAAUGCAUACUGAUUUUAGGUGUAAAAGGGUAAAGUUAGGCCUUGAGCAGGGAUGUGUUUGCACAGCAAGAGAGAAACUCUAAGCGGAAAAUGUUAAAAAAGAAAAAAGAUUCCUUAGCGUGAGUUUCUAAAGGCAGUUAUAUGCACGUUGAUUUGAAAUUUUAUCAUUGAAAGAGUGCUUCCUUAGUUAUGAAUUUUUUUAAAAUCUGUUAUAGUAUCAUUCGUAAGCAAGAACGCCUUUAUAGUACCUAUUAAUGAAAACUUUUAUUUCAAUUUUGUACAGAGUUCGUAACCUUACCGAGAAAAUGGGAUAUGGGCAAGGUCAUAUGCAGAUGGGCAUGGCGGAGAAAAAAGGUUUGCUAAAAUUUUCAGUUUACUACUGAUUUAGUGACAAAGGUGAAAACGUGGUAAUUCAUAACAAUCCAACAACCUAACAAGCCCUUAGAUACCAGUAAAACGCAAUUAUAGGACCUUACCUAUAACUCUAUUGGAAACUGGUGUCCAGGCCCUUAGCCUGAUCAGACCACUUAAUAGUUUCGUCCCAUAUCAUUUGGAGGAAUUAAGUUUUAUCGAAGUAAUAUAACAAUACAGUAAUAUAAUGAAUGGGUUAUAGGUUUUAACGAAAGACUUUGUUUUUGGCAGGUUAUAUUGCUUGAAGAUUUUGACCUACAACUGGAGUGUUUGCAACAAUUUGCUGUGUAAAUAAACUCCGGGUAGAUU